AUGGGCCGCUACUCCGGCAAGACGUGUCGCCUGCUCUUCAUGCUGGUGCUCACGGUCGUCUUCUUCGUGGCCGAGCUGGUGUCGGGCUACCUGGGCAACUCGAUCGCGCUCCUGUCCGACUCCUUCAACAUGCUGUCCGACCUGAUCUCGCUGUGCGUGGGCCUGGUCACGGGCUACGUGGCGCGCCGCGCCCCGGGCGGCUGGCGGGCCAGCUACGGCUACGGGCGCGCCGAGGCGGUGGGCGCGCUGUGCAACGCCGUGUUCCUCGCCGCGCUCUGCUUCACCAUCUUCGUGGAGGCCGUGCUGCGCCUGGCCCGGCCCGAGCGCGUGGACGACCCCGCGCUGGUGCUCAUCGUGGGCGCCCUGGGGCUGGCGGUCAACGUGGUGGGGCUGCUCAUCUUCCAGGACUACCGCGCCUGGCUCGCCUGCUGCCGCCGCCGCCGCCGCCGCCCGCAGCAGGUGGCCCAGGGCGGCACCGGCGGCGCGCUCGGGGGACCGCAGGGCGCCCCCCGCACGGGCCCUGGCGCCGACUCGGCCGUGACCCUGCGCGUGGCCUCGCUGGGAAAGACCUCGGAAAAGGGGGCGACCGUGUUCGCCAACGUAGCAGGUGAUUUCUUGAACACGCCGCAUGAGCCGGAAGAGAUGAUGAAAAAGGAGAAGAAAUCGGAAGCCCUGAAUAUCAGAGGUGUGCUUUUGCAUGUGAUGGGAGACGCCCUGGGGUCAGUGGUGGUGGUGAUCACUGCCAUCAUAUUCUAUGUGCAGCCCCUGGAUGAAGACGACCUGUGUAACUGGCAGUGCUACAUUGACCCCAGCUUGACCAUCAUCAUGGUCAUCAUCAUUUUGUCAUCUGCCUUCCCGCUCAUCAAGGAGACCGCUAUCAUUCUGUUGCAGAUGGUCCCCAAAGGGGUCAACAUGGAAGAGCUGAUGAGUAAGCUUUCUGCCGUGCCGGACAUCAGCAGUGUUCAUGAAGUGCAUGUCUGGGAACUGAUAACUGGGAAGAUCAUUGCCACCCUGCACAUCAAGUAUCCGAAGGACAGGGGAUAUCAGGACGCCAGUAGAAAAAUUCGAGAAAUCUUCCACAAGGCGGGAAUCCACAAUGUGACCAUGCAGUUCGAGAGCGUGGACUCGCAGGAUUCCCUGGAGCAGAAAGACAUGCUGUCACUCUGCAGCUCCCCUUGCAUCUCCAAGGGCUGUGCCAGGUACCUGUGCUGUCCUCCCCGGGCACUGCCCCUGGCCCACGUCAACGGCUGCGCUGAGCACAACGGCGGUCCCCCUCUCGACGUAGACCGCAGCGAGGGCCUCGGUAGACCAGAAGUCUCGGAAGUGGCUAUUGAAGUAUCCUCGGAUGGCUGUGUGAGUGACCGUGGACAAGCUUUUACCAGAACUCAGGAGGACCAGUGUUAUGUCAACAGUACACAUUUCUAAUCCGGUACCCGCAUCAGCAGAC